UGCGUGACAUCACGAAAGAACGCUCCCGAGAGCCUCUGUGACACAUUUAGUAGUUGGUAAGUGAGACCAGCAGGGGGUCGGAUCGCUCUCCCAUGAUCUCCAGCCUCCAGCCCAAGGUCGGUCUCAGUGCUGCAUGAAGGCACGGCGAGAGAGGGAGGACACUUCCCUCUCCAGCAUCAAACGCGAGGGAUGCGCUUCAUCGCCUUAGGGGGCUGGAUGGAUGGAGCGACAGGGUCAUGAAGGUGACCACAACCUCUGGGUUGGAUUUAGGGGGCUGUUACCUCGGAAGGAGCCUAUCCAUAAUUAAUAAGAGCGAGUCGGAGAUCCUAGAACCGAAGCGCAACCAUCGGCGAGUCAUGUCACCAACUGACAGCGCUUCCAGAGGAGCUGACGAGGAAGACAAAGGAGGAUGAGGGAGGCAGAGGAGGAUUAUAAUGAAGCUGAGUGGCAAAGGACUGUGCACCAUCGUUUCCAGCAGUCUACUCUUCUUGUGCGCCGUGAGCGCUGUGGUCGUGGGAUUCAGAUGCAUCGCGUUGGGCUCCAGGGUAAGAGCGCAUUUCCAUCUGGCCACCGCGGCCGGCGCGUUCUACUCGGGCAUCCUGGUGACUCUCGGGCAGGUCCUGAUGGGGGUGGCGCAGGUCUUUUGCCGGGGGAACCCCAGGUGUGCGAAUUUGUUCCUCUUUGGGAUCUUAGUGUUUCUUUUGGGGGUCCUGACGGCGUUCUCGGGAGCGGUGGUGGAUGGCGACACGGUGUCCCUGGUGGAGAGGAAGUACGCGCACUAUUGCCUGGACUCUGUGGAUGUAAACCCGGCGUGCGACCGGCUCAAGGUGUACCAGCGGGGUCUGGUGGUCUCCACUAUCCUUAACACUCUGGAGUGCCUCCUGGGGCUGAUGAACCUGGUGAUCAUCAAGCGUUACCAAACAGAGCAGUUUCACCGGAGACGCCGGACGCAGAGGCAGAGCGCGCGGAUCGUCCUGAACGAGGAGCGCGACUUCGCGGUCACGGAGUUCCAGCCGGUGUCCUACAUCAAUCUGGGGGUGGUUCACGCGUUGGACGCGGCGGACGGGGAGGUGCACAGCCGGGGCCACCCGUCCAUGGUGCUGCCGGGCUAUUCGCCCACAAACCCGGAGCUUAAUCACACGUACCCGUUUUCUUACCCGCUUCACAACGUGUUGCCACCUGCCUACGAGGACAUAUUCCCGUGAGAAGCGAGCAGCAAGUAGCAAAGGAGAGGAACCGAGUUGCAGUUUUGCAGUGACAAUCACGCAUUCGGCACGCUGAACACGGAAUUGAUUAUUUCUAUAUAAUGGUGACCAGCUGUUGACGAAUACUUUUUAUUAAUUGGAGGUUACAGCCAACCCUCGAAAUCCAACAUUUGUUCAUAAACUUCCUAUGAGAAGGUAAACGCACUGAAAGGAUUUCAGUUACAUGCAUUUUUGACCAUCCUGAUUGUAUUCUCAGCUCAUCCCUUCUCUAAAUCUCAAAGGUUUGUGUACAGGAUUCCCCUCUGAAUUUUUGGAAUCUGAAGGAUUUUGAUUUCUUAGAGUAUUCCAGCAGGGCACGAAACAGAAAUAAGUUACCAGUUGAUAAAAAAGAACGUGAGAAAAUAAACAUACUGGAAUUAUGCAUUAUUCAAAUAUACAUGGAACAUUUUUUCUUUUUUACUUUCAUUUUUUUUUUUUUUUUUUGACCUGAUUGAUUGUAUUCCCAAUUAAUCCCUAGUCAAAAUCCUAAAGCCCGGCCUACAGGAUUCUCACAGAGUUUUUGUUGUUAUUGACCCUAAAAGAUUUAUUUUAUAGCAUUCCAGCAGGACACAAAACAACAAGUAGUUCUCAGUCAGAAUAAAAGAGCCUAUGAUAAAAAAGUAAACAUUUGUUUUCUGACUGAUUGUGUUCCCAGUUUACUCCUAUAGUCAAUUCCCUAAAGGGGUGUGUGAUGAUGAUGAUGAUGAUUCAGAACUAAUCAUUUAGAACCAGAAUCAUAAUUGUGUUUUAACAGAAAACAAAACAGGAAAAACAAUAUUCCUACUAGAGCUAUUAUAAUAUACAACAGGAUAAAAUGUCCCUGUAGGACAUCUAAAGUAUUCUUGAAAAGCCUACAUUUAUAGUCAGCCUUGUGAUUUGUUUAUAAUCACUUCAUCCUUGAUGUUUCAGACAAAAAGCCAUUGCUGUUGGCAACAUUAAAAUGACAGGCGUUACCCAUCAAACAGAUCAUUUCUGCUUAGCAGUGUUGUGGCUGUGGGAUAUUAUUCAUGUUUCUGCAUCGUGUUGUUUCAGAGUAAAAGGAGAACAUGCAGUUCCUCUCUUUUCAGCAGUUAAUGUCCAACUUGUCAGUUGCUGUAUGGUUAUCUUCGAGUGCAGGGGUGUCAAACUCAAUUCCUGGAAGGCCGGAGCCCUACAGAGUUUAGAUAAUUUGAAAACUACAUUUUACAGUAUGUGUGUUGUAGCAAAACUCUGCAGGGCUCUCCAGAAAUUGUGUUUGACAUCCCUGAUCUACUGUAUUCAUUGGAGGUUACCGCCAACACUUAAAGCAUUGGACUUAUUAUUUCGUUUUUUGUCUAUCACAACUAUGUUUUCCUAGUUCAAUUUUAGUCUAUUUAUGCAGAAUCUCAAUUUUGAUAGUCCAACAAAAAACAAAAACAAAACACAAAACCAAAAUAAUUUCCCAUCAGGGAGUCCUGUAAACCAUUAUUUUUUGACUAGGGAUGCACAUGUAUUUUCAUGGUGUGGCUCUGUUGUUUUCUCUCAUAUUGCUUACUUUUAGCUUCUGAAUAAAAGGUGUAUUUACUCUC